AAUCGCAAGGCUGCGCUCACCGACUCGACACCGCCAACAGGGAUGCAGCGAGGGCGCAGCGCAGCCUGAAAAAUGGCAACACCACGCGUCCUGUGGAUCUAUCCAUCCUUUUCCCUCCUGUCCUGCCUGCUUCUUUUUCACGCGUUGUCGCCGAGCCGAGCUUUACGGAAUUACCCAGAAAAUGAAGUAACGUUACUGGAUUCCAUGUCAGCUUUGGCCGACCUAGGCUGGGAGGCUUAUCCAAAUGAGGGGUGGGAGGAGAUCAGUGUGAUGGAUGAGAGGAACACCCCGAUGAGGACCUACCAGGUGUGUAACGUCAUGGAGGCCAAUCAGAACAACUGGCUGAGGACGCGCCACAUCAGCCGAGAAGGAGCACAGAGGGUCUACAUUGAGAUCAAGUUCACCCUGAGGGACUGCAACAGCCUGCCUGGGGUCCCUGGUACCUGCAAAGAGACAUUCAACAUGUACUACUACGAGUCCAACAAUGCAAACCUGUGGUUCAUCAAGGAGAGCCAGUAUGUGAAGAUCGAUACUAUUGCUGCAGAUGAGAGUUUUACACAGGUGGACGUUGGUGACCGAGUGAUGAAGCUGAACACGGAGGUGCGGGACAUCAGCAACCUGAGUAAAAAAGGUUUCUACCUGGCCUUCCAGGAUCUGGGUGCCUGCAUCGCUCUAGUCUCAGUAAGGGUCUUCUACAAGAAGUGUCCUCUCACUGUGCUUAACUUGGCCCAGUUCCCCGACACAAUCACAGGCGGAGACACAGCGCUGGUGGAGGUACAUGGUGCGUGUGUUAAUGCCUCGGAGGAGUUCGAGGCUCCGAAGAUGUACUGCAGCGCAGACGGAGGCUGGCUGGUCCCCAUAGGGAGGUGUGUGUGCAAGCCGGGCUUUGAGGAGAACAAGGACGUCUGCCAACCCUGCAGACCUGGUACCUACAAAGCUUCAGCCACAGAUGCGUACUGCACCAAAUGUCCUCCUCACAGCUCGUCCCCGCAGGAACAAGCCUUCGAGUGCGUGUGUGAAAAAGGUUUCUACCGAGCUGAGAGCGACCCACGCUCCAUGGCCUGCACACGUCCUCCGUCUGCUCCAGAAAAUCCAAUCUCUACUGUGAACGAGACCUGCGUCAUGUUGGAGUGGUCCCCACCCAGAGACACGGGAGGCCGCGGAGACAUCACCUACAGCCUCCACUGCAGGAAGUGCACUGGUGACGGCAGGAAGUGCACCCCUUGUGGUAGCAGCGUCCAUUUCGUUCCCAGGCAGUUUGGUCUCAUGUCGGCCUCUGUGCUGGUCACCGACCUGCAGCCUGACUCAAACUACAGCUUCACCGUUGAGAGCCAGAACGGAGUGUCUGACUUGAGCCCCACACCGAGGGGAACUGUGGUCAUCAAUGUGACGACAUCGCAGACAGUGAGCGUGGUGUUAAAGGAGAGGCGGAGCAAGGACAGUGUGACUUUGGCCUGGCAGGGUCCAGAGAGACCCAACGGAGCGAUAGUGGAGUAUGAGGUCAUCUACUAUGAGAAGAAUCAACGGGAGCAGAACUACACCGUGUUGAAAACUCGCUCCAACAUGAUGACAGUGGACGGGCUCAAGCCAGGAACUACCUACGUGUUCAGGGUCAGGGCUCGAACCGACGGGGGCUACGGGAGCUACGGAGGAGAGAUCGAAUUGGAAACCAGCCACGAAGAUGUUUUUGCCAUCGGCGACCCUAACCAGUCCACCAUUCUGGCUGUGUCCAUCGCUGGGGGAAUCGUGCUGCUUAUCUUUCUGGUGACCUGCUUCGUUGUCAGCGGAAGGCACUGUGGGUAUAUCAAAGCCAAGCAGGACCCUGAUGAGGAGAAGAUGCAGUUCCAACAUGGGCGAGUGAAGCUUCCAGGCAGCAGGACCUAUAUCCAUCCUCACACCUACGAAGACCCAAACCAAGCUGUCAGGGACUUUGCCAAAGAGAUCGAUGCUUCCAAUAUUCGCAUAGAGAGAGUCAUAGGGGCUGGAGAGUUUGGGGAGGUGUGCAGCGGUCGGCUGCGCGUGCAGGGAAAGAGGGAGAUCUACGUGGCCAUCAAGAGUCUGAAGGCAGGAUACUCAGACAAACAGAGGCGGGACUUCCUGUCAGAAGCCUCCAUCAUGGGACAGUUUGACCAUCCCAAUAUCAUCAGGCUGGAGGGGGUCGUCACAAGAUGUAAGCCGGUGAUGAUCAUAACCGAGUUCAUGGAAAACGGAUCUCUGGACACUUUCCUCAAGAAACACGACGGUCAGUUCACAGUGAUCCAGCUGGUGGGCAUGCUGCGUGGCAUAGCCUCAGGUAUGAAGUACCUGUCAGACAUGAGCUACGUUCACAGAGACCUGGCAGCUCGGAACAUCCUGGUCAACAGCAACCUGGUGUGCAAGGUGUCGGACUUUGGCUUGAGUCGAGUUCUGGAGGACGACCCAGAAGCUGCUUACACCACAAGGGGAGGGAAGAUCCCCAUCAGAUGGACAGCUCCAGAGGCAAUAGCCUACAGGAAGUUCACCUCAGCCAGCGAUGUGUGGAGUUACGGCAUCGUCAUGUGGGAGGUGAUCUCAUAUGGAGAGAGACCCUACUGGGAGAUGUCCAACCAGGAUGUGAUCAAAGCAAUAGACGAGGGCUACCGUCUGCCCGCUCCUAUGGACUGUCCUGUGGUGUUGCACCAGCUUAUGCUGGACUGCUGGGAGAAGGGGCGCAGUGAGAGGCCAAAGUUUGGACAGAUUGUCACAAUCCUGGACAAGCUCAUCAGAAACCCAGCCAGCCUGAGAGAGCUGGCCAACAGCUCAGCAUGCAAGGAGGACCUGUCCACCCCAGAGUUCAGUGUGAGCACAGUAGAUGAGUGGUUGGAGUCCAUCAAGAUGGGCCAGUACAAGGAGAACUUUGCCAGCGCUGGAUAUGUCAGCAUGGACUCAAUACUCUACAUCAGUGUCAGUGAGUUGGCCAAGAUGGGUGUAAAUUUGGCGGGCCACCAGAAGAAGAUUUUGUCCAGCGUGCAGGGCCUGCAGACCCAGGGGACGCACAUCCAAGUAUAACAGUUUACAUAUAAACACACACAGUGGGACAGAGCCAAAACGGAUGCUCCUGUGAAGAGUUUCCCCACUGAAAUGGGAGUUGCAACGGAUACUCUGUGCUCGGGCCCUCCCAUUGGUUUAGAGACACACUGAGAUGGAGACAACAUGGACGCUUGACUCCUUCACUACUUUCUUGCAGUUUCACCAUUCUUCCCAUCCUCGAUUUCGAUGGGCACUACCUGCUUCAAGCACCACACAGAGAGACACAUGUCCAACAACCAUGCCACAUCUAGACAAACAACCCAGACCAUUUCACACCAUAUCAGCUUAACAAUAGAAGAAAAAAAAGAUUUUUAACUAAUGAAAUGACAAAAAAAGUAAUUAGAAUAUAAUUAUCAUCACUGUCUGUGAGGUGUACAGUUGGUUUUUACUGUCAUUUACUUUCUGUUUUCACCUUGAAGAGUUUAAAAAGGGUUGAAAGAUAUGUAUAUGUGUAGAUACAUGUUUAUAUGGGCUGUGUGUCCCACAACCGUAGAGAUGGACCUAACGUUUGUAUUGUUGGUGAGGUUUUAUUAUCGCUCAACCUUAAUACGAGUCAUUAUCCAGUACAUGUAUGGCCCCUUCCAUUGCUUUAGGCAUACAAUGAAUGAGCCAAGAGUCUGAAUGACAUGAAUGUGUGAGGUGAGGGGAACAGGAAAAUGGACCUUUAGAGAUAGGCAGGGAUGUAGAUUUUGCUAGCUCAUGCAGGACAGUAGUACGAUCAGUUAUAGUGAUUCAUUUGACCGGGACAAGGGGUGCCCUCGUCACUACAGUCAGACACACUUCCAUAGCAGCUCCAGUGCACGUUUGCUAGUCUGCUUGUACUUCAGCUGUAACAGUGCACAAAAACAGCACAAUUUAUCAUAAUCUUCCAUAAAUGACUGUCUAUUCCAAACAGCAUAUUUUUAAUCAGCUGUUGCAGUAUGAUGUUGUUGGGGGGUAUUUCAGCCCAAGAGUUUGCCUUUCUAUGUUUCAGGUGUUUAAAGAAAAGUUCAGGUGUUUUCAUGUAAAGCAAAGGUUGUGCCAUGGUCGUGAUAGAGUUGACACUGUUAUGAGCGUGUGAAUUGUUUUUCCAGUGUUGUACCAUGUACAGUUCCCUUGACAUGUUCAUCUGGGCCACAUAUGAAAAGUCUUAUCGUUCCCAAGGCCGGAUGGUGGACACAAGGGCAGAGGUUGUGAUAACAUAACAGUGGUUUUCCCAAAUAGUCUGCUAGAUGAAAAGUGCAUCAGAAUGGACCCUUUUCUGCCGAGAUGAAAUAUGCUGUGUGGAUUUUCAGCUGUGGCCACUACAAGAGGGUAAAUUUCACUUAGAAUGAUAAAUUAUGUCUCACUUUCUUGUUAUCAGCCAUGCCAACCUGUUUUAAGCAUCCUUACUUUCAAACAGGCACCCAUGAGGUGUAUUUAGAAGACAAUGUUUACAGCAAAAGCAAAUACAUUGGUUGGUUUUCACUUGCUGCUUUUCACUUUGAAUACAGGGUUUAAAAUGAUGGUACCCUCUCUGUGUGCACUGCAUCAAUGGCACUGAACCUGCUUUAGUGUGUUCCCGAGCUCUGUUUAAAUAUAUGUGGUACUCUAUAGGACCAGCAGUGGCAUAAAGUACAGUAUAUAUGAUUGUAUCAUAGUGUAAAAUAUGUACAGUGUUGAUUUCCAAUGUUAGAAUGUUUGUAAUGAUAACAAUGACGAUGACUAUGAUGUACUUUUAUUGUGAAAAACGAGAUUUCUGGAGGGGCGGGUCAUACAGGAAACAAGUGAAGAGAGGUGAUUGGUUGGUCUGAACAAAGGAAUGUAGCAUGGUGCAAAGCUUCGGCUGUGAUUGACAGGUGACAGUGACUGCAGUUUUCACAUAGUGUUAGAAUGAGUGCAAUGGACCUUCAUUACUGAUACACUGGCUUCAUUGGCAAACCUUUCUCAACCAAUGGGAACAUGCUUUUUUUUUAAACAUGUGUCUGACCACAACACAACUUGGAUUAAUGCCUGUUUGGAUGUGAAAGACAUGGCAAAAGGAAGUUGACCUUACACUUAGCCUUUCCCCAAACACACGUCUUGUUGAAUCAGAGCUAAGCAACCCUAACAAGGCACAGCAGACCUGUCACGUUUCACACUUUUUAAACCCAACAAAGCGAUUGGCAUCUGCUUGGUAAGCACCAAGUUAAGAGUUUGGACUAGGGAUGUACAUUUUAAGUAUUUUCCGUGAUCGAUUUUUGGAAGUGUUAACGAUCAAUUAUCGAUUAAUCAAUAAAUAAAAAUAUUUAUAUUAUUCUUAUUUGAAAAACAAGGCCAAAUACUUUUUUCCACCAAAAAUAUAUUUUCUACAGCAACAAAAUGCAUAUAACUGACGGUAUUGAAUGCGGAUACAUGUUUAACACUGAUUAUCAACGAUCAGGCUCAUAAAAAUAUUCUCUGUGGACAUAGUCUUAUAAAGUGAAGGCUCAUAAUACUAACAGAGACGUACUUCAGACUCACAGUGUCCAGUUUUCUGUCUACUCGUUCUUAUUGAGAAAAAUAAACGUGUGUAUUCGGUCAGGUGUCAGCCGGGAGCGCAACCGGGUCAUAAUCAGUCCAGCAGCAGAAAAGCUCAGACGGCUCUGAUGUUGCUGGUCUGCAAACAUAGCGUACUAGCAAUUCCCACCAGUCUGUUGGAUUUGUAUCUAAAGGUGGGGAAAUUUCCUGUUUAAAGUUGUCAACCUUCGUGUCCGUGUCGUUGUUGGCAGCAGUUGCGUAUUGAUCCUCUUUAAAAAGCAGAGACCUGUCACUCAGCCGCAGCCGCCAGCUGAGCGUCUCCGCUGUGCUCAACACUUUUAACAGCUGAUUCACAUCGAAACAUGCUUUAAACUUAAAACUCCUCCCUGAUAGCUGAGUGUAAUAUGAGACCACAUGUUGUUUGUUCCACGUGACGGAAAAUUGAAAACAAAAAUGCGUGCUUCGAGUAAUUUCUUAACAAUCAAUUAAUCAAUGAAUUGUGUACAUCCCUAGUUUGGACAUUUAUGUUGUUUUGUUUAAUAAAAAAAUGAAGAAGAAGGUAAAAAGAAUAGCAAUUCACCUACAGUCUAUCAUUUGUUGGGAAAAUACAGGUUAGACAAACAAAGCUUUUGUCAGAUCAGUGUUGUAUUUCAGACUGUGUCAAAGCCACUUUUUUGGAUACCAUCAAAUUUAAGGGUACAAUAUUAAAAGUGAAUUUUGUUUACGAGUCUGCCACUGUUAUUUUCAGUUGCACAUCAAUUGCUUGUGUUGAACCAACAGCAGUGAUCUCCAAGACAAAUUCCUGAGUUAAUUUUAUUACAGUGAAAAUCAUCAGCGUACACGUGACACUCCUGCUGUGCUUGUGUUAUGUGCUGCUUUUGCUAGCUCAUGUGAUGAACCUGUUCCCCCCAGCUAAGUCACACCACCUAUUAAACUUAAACACAAUCCUUAGACGUUAAGCAAUUACCACUAUCAAUAUUACCGCUCUGCAGUAAUGCUUUUAAACCACACAUACUGCUUAAGGAAUCAAAGUGUCUUUCUUUUUGACUAAUGCUAACAUGAAUUUUAAAUCCGAGCAUUUGCUGCCAAGCCUUCAAGCUUGACAGGGAGACUGAUUGGAUAACUCUUCCUUUUACAGUUGCAGAGCUGUUUGCCUUUUAAUGCCUCUGCAUGUUUGCUUUCAGUAGAUGGAAAUCUGAUAAAGACAAACCUUGCUUCUUUUUUGGUACACUUCCUUGAAAAACACGGUUAAAACAUUUUCUCUUUGGUCCAUGUCCAAAAUCUCUUUCUACCUUUAAAUGAUAUGUAUGUGACAAAUAUUUUACCCCAGUUGUUACUGAAAAACAGACAGUGACAUUUAUCAUAUAUUAAAGGAACUUUGGAAUCAAACACUUGGCAGACACAGCAUCAGUUGCUGCCAGGUUUAGUGUAAAGUUAGAUGGGGAGGCAGCACAAGGCUUAGAGUUGUGGUUUUUCUGUCCCAUUGCUCUACAUUUCUUUGAAAAAAGAGGCAUAAAAUGUGUUACGCAUACAGGUAAACAACUACGCACCUUUCAGCAACUGCAACAAAACAAGAAAUUAAAAACAAAACUGUAAACUGCUGUGUUGUCAGAUGUUUCACAUACAGAACUACAACUACCACAAAUCAAGAGUCAGAAAGUGUUGGUACAUUCUACUCAUGCUAACUCUGUGAUUUCACUCUAGCGGGCUACCUUUGACCGCUGGCCUUUUAGAUGCCUUAUUUAAUGAGCUAUUGUUCUUUUCUGUUGCCCAAUAGAGGGGAUAUUAAGAGUAAAGUGUAUGUACAGGUAGUAUUUAUGUGUUCUUCAAGAUGACCUCACAUCAACACCUUGGUUUUGUACAUCCCAGAGAACCCCUCCAACAGCACUUUCACUUUUAUUUCUUUAAAAAUAAAAAUAAAUGAAAAUAAAAAACAUUUUGUUCACAAAAAAAUGUGAAAAAUCUUCAAUCUGAUUACCUGUAAGACCUGACAGAUAUUGACGGAAUCGCUCUUAUUUAUUUUUCUUUGAAUAUAUUAGGGAUAUGGUUGGCUUACAACUUUAAAGGGUGCAUUUGGUUGCAGAAUUAUUUUUAUGUGCAAGGUUUCUCAUGCAAUGUCAGGAUUGAAAAUGAUAGAAAGGAUGAUGUCCUCUUCUAUUUAAGGCUUAUUUAACACUUCCACUUAAAACAUUUUGAAGUCCUACCCACACUCUCAAUAAUGCGUGUCACUAAUCACCAUUUUCAAGGUCAGCUAUGUGGGUUGCCUGAUCCAAAAUACAGUGUUUGUCCUCCAUUUCCCACCAGAUCUGUAUUGUAAAUGUUCAUGAGUGAUUCUCAUUCGAGGCUUUCAGCUCUUUCUCUCUCCCCCUUCUCUUGCUCUCUUUCUUUGGCCCCCGUACAAUCCUUUUUUUGUCCCCAUGCCAGUUUCCUCUGCGUUGCUUGUUGUAAAGAGUGUAGGCAUUCUAAUGUCUUUCAUGUUGCUGUAAUAAAUAUGCUAAUAUUUCUAAUUUCUCA